AUGUUGGAUUUUUUAGCAUUUAUUCUUUUUAUCAUUCCUUAUUGUUCGGGUGAAGAAUGGAUUAUUCAUGUAUAUACGGGCACAGAACGUUUUUCUGGAACUGAUAGUAAUAUUUUUCUUCGUUUAUUUAAUUCAAAAUAUGGUUAUACUAAUGAAUAUAAAUUAACACAUGAAAAUGUAUUGGCUGGAAAAAAUAUUUUUCCAUUGAAAAAUCUAUUUGAAUAUGGAGAAUAUGAUCGAUUUCGAAUUUUUACUGAUGAAUUGGAAUCUAUUGAAAAAAUUCUUGUGCGCCGUGAUAAUUUUCCGUCGAUUCAAUCUGAUUGGCUUUUGGAUCGAAUUGUAGUAGAAAAUAAUCAUGAUCGUAUUAAAUUUACAUUUAAAUGUAAUUGCUGGCUUCGAAAAGAACGACCCUAUAUAACUAUUCCUGUCUUAUCAGAUUUGCAUUCAAUUGACAAAAACAAGUCAUCGAAAAAUAAUCAAACGAUUUUAAUUGUUCUUAUCAUUUCAAUUGCAGCAAUAAUAUGUAUUAGUUUUUCUUUUCGCGAAUGUUAUCGUCAUCAUCACAAUCGACAUUUUUCAUCGGUGCAAACUUCAUUCGAAUCCUCAAUUAUUGAUAGAUAUCACUUACAACGACCCGAACAAUCGACAUUACAAAUAUUGAAUGAAACUGAUAGCCCAUCAAAACAUAAUCGCCAUCCAUUACAACCUAAUGAUGAAAGACUAGUUACUGUUGCUCAAUCAGUAGCAAUAACUUCAACAGAUGAACCGCCUGCGUAUCAAGAUUUAUUCCCUAAUUGA